CACGCCGCACAGAUUCUUACUGUCGACAUAUGCCCUAGCAACGGUCUUGUAUGCACUUCAGGCAAGGACAAGAAGCUGUGCGUGUAUGACUCGAAGAAGGCUCAACUGGUGAAGAUGGUCUAUCCUCACCUGCACUGGAUCGCCUCGGCCGCAUGGUCUCCCAACGGUCAUCUGAUAGCCACUGGCAGCUACGACAACACGAUCAAGGUCAAUGAUUGGAAGGCGAUCUCGCAAGAGAGCAAGUGCCUGGUGGGGCAUACGGACUACGUCACGGCGGUAAAGUGGAGGGAAGAUGGGAGCGUGAUCGUCUCGGGGUCGAGAGAUGGCACAGUGCGGCUAUGGGAUGUCCACAAGGGGGAGGCUAUACAUCAUCCUUUCCUUGGUUACAACCCGUGCAAUGCUGGGAUCGGCUAUCAAGACAUCAGCGAUGGUCACACUCACACCGUUACGACUGUGACCUUUCAGGAGGAUAUGGUCGUCUCCUGUAGUCUGGACAAGACCAUACGUGUGUGGGACGUCAAGUCUGGCAAUCAAGUGAAGUUGUUGACAGCUCACAAGGGCCCAGUUGAAAGUCUGUCCUUCAGGGCGGAUGGAAAUGUGUUUGCUACGGCUGGAGGCAUCGAGAAGAAGAUUUUGUUCUGGGAUGUG